AUGAAGCUUAUCUUCAUGGUUUUAAUCCUUCUACAUCUACAUCCGCAGGCGCAGGUUUUUGAUACAGAGCAGAGACAAUUUUUAGAGAUUGAUGAAAUUGAAUCCAUUGUAACUCAAUAUGGAGAUAUAUUUGAUGCACAAGAAUCACGUGAAUUACUUCGUGAUGCCAAUGUGCGUGGCGAUGGAAAUGUAUAUUAUGAAUAUUUUAUAGACAGUAUGUUUAGCUUGGCACCGGAACUAAAUGAUAUAGCAGUAGAUUAUCUCUAUGAAAACCCUGAUGAAGACCCAUCAGUUCCUCCUGAAAUUGUAGAAGAAGACGAACCACCACCACCGCCACCGCCCCCUCCUCCCGCUCCGUCUAAAAAGGACAAGAAAAAAAAGUAA